GUAUUCGAUAGUAGCUAAGCGAAAGUACAAGAGUCAAAAAUAUUAAAGACACACACGAAGGAACCACGACGACGGAGGAGCGGUGAGUGUGAAAACCUGAAUCGUUUUGAGUGUUGCUAAUAUCCAAAGGUUUGCGGAACAUCGCCAUCGGUUUCGAGUUCGGAGUUUUCUUCCCCCGGAGAAGGAAGACCAAAGGGCCAGAACCAACUCGUGUUCCUUGAUUCGCUGUUGCUCGCUCGCUGGCUGAUCGAUUUUGCGGUUUGUAGAUAGAGUCGCUUUUUUUCUAGCUCUGCAGCUUAGCUUAGCUGCUCGUACAAAAAAAAAACAGGGAAAAGAGUUUUGCAUGUCGGGUGUCGUAGAAGAGUCAUCACUUUGACGACGACGACGACGAUCGAAAACGCCUUCUCGGGGGAAAAAGUUUGUGGGAGUUUCCGGGAACCGUGCGAGUGCGAGUGUGUCGCGUGCGUGUGUGAAAGGGAUUCAGCGCUGGAGGACGAAGGAAGAAGGCUCCGAAGGGAGAAAGUACCUACAUAGCCUGUUCUUCUUGGCCUGGGAGUUUCAUCAGUGUUCAGUUGCAACAACGGAGAAGUAGAAGAAGGAAAGCCGAGCGGAGUUUGUUCGUACAGUAAAAGAAUUAAGUUUUCCUUUUUUAGUGCUUAUCUGUGAUCCUUUAAAGUGCUGUGUUAUCACCAUCAACGUGUUAUAUUGAAUGAAAUUAAAAUUUAAACUAGUUAUAUCAUCGCAAAGAAAGUGCGUGUGAGAUAGUGUAAAAGCAAAGUAAAAGCAGUCGAAUAAAAAAUAAGUGUUUGUGUGUUCAUAAUAGUGUAGCCAAAGUGCGAGUAAUAUAUAAAAAAAUAUAUUGGAAACAGGAUCCUCUCUCUCUUCCUCGGGUUUAUUUUGGGCGGCGUACAGGCAAAGAGCGCAAGAACAUCUGGACACCGUUAGUCACCGGCAGUAGUAGUAGCAUUAGUAGACAUCACUUCUACCAGCACCACCAGAAACCACCAUCAUCAUCAACAUCAUCACUACCGCCGGCUAGCGGGGAUUCACAGUCGUCAUGUUUUGGGACUCUGCAAACUCGCUGUCGAAUAUAGACAGCCUGCUCAGUAAAGAGGGACUCACACUCAAAGAUGUGCUGGACUACGAAGACGUGCUGCAGGAAUGCAAAUCUCAAAAUACAAAAUUACUUCAAUACUUAAACCGCACAGAGGUGUUCGACGAGCUGAUAGACUUGAUCAUCCAGGAACCGCCGGAUGAUCUCGAGGAGAAUGUCCGCUUCAUGCAUUCCAACAUGGCGUGCGAGAUACUUACCAGUGAUGUGCCGUCCUUCAAGAACCACCUGGUCGAGAACCAGAACUUUCUGAACAAGCUGUACAGUUUCCUGCACCGGGACCCGCCACUCAAUCCGCUGCUGACGUCGUUCUUCUGCAAAACGUUCGGGAUGCUCAUAUCAAAACGUAACGAACAAGAUUAUUUCUCUUAUAAGUCAGUGUGCCUACAAGUAUUAGAGUUUAUCAAGUCUAAAAGAGGUUUCCUUAACACAAUUCUGAAGCACUUUGGCAAUCAGGUCAUCACCGAUCUGCUGCUGUGCUACAUCACCGAUAUCGAAGACGCCGAGCUCAAAUCGGAACUACUGGAGUGGCUUAACGAGCAAAAUUUGAUUGCCGAAAUCAUCAAUCUGCUAAAGUUACCAGGCGAACCGCAGAAACACUACAACGUCGCACAAUUUUUAAUUGAACUUAUCAAAAUAGGAAGAUGCAAACGACAGAACGAGAGACAAGACAAAGUUACAUCCGAUCCCAUCCUGGACACGUUGGAAAAUGAAGCCACCACCCAAAUGUUACUGGACAUCAUCCUGAAGGAGAACAGCGAAGAAAGCGCCAUCAUCGGUGGCAUCCGAAUUGUUCUGCGACUGCUGGAGAAUACGAUCAUACAAGAGCCGGUCUCCGAUACUGCUCUCCAGAUGGUCAUCGAUGCCGAGAAAGAACACCAUGACACCGUCGUGCUUCGCUUAGUCAAGGUCAUACACCCGAGAAUGCUUGAGUUUAUUCACAUUUUAACGAAUCCGCCUCAGAAAGCCGACAUUAUUACCACGGUCGGCGUACUUUCACCACCUCUAGGAAACGUGAGACUUCAGAUUUGUAAUUUAUUUACAGUAUUAAUAGAAACCGAGAACAGUGAUGUUAUCAGGACAAUAUGCGGAUCAGAUUUUUAUAGUACAUUGCUCAACCUUUUUAAGCAAUAUUGUUGGAACAAUUUUUUGCAUAAUCAGGCCAAGGUGUGCGUCAACUACGCCAUACAAUCGUUCGACCAGCAGGAGGGUGAAACCAAGCUGCUUACCUCGGACCUGCAGCGACAUAUUAUCUGCGAUUGCAAACUGGCCGCCCGGCUGGUGGACCUGUGGUACUACAACGAGGAGAUGCAAACGCCACAGCAGCCACCAUCGGAGGAGUCGGACGAGGAGCAGGAGCAACAAUCGCCACGCAAGUGCCGCCGGCUCGGUUACAUGGGCCACCUGAUCGAGAUGUUCGAGGCCCUGGUCACGAACAUGAACGUAUCGGAGGAGUUUUGUGCCUUAGUCGAAUCGACCCUCGAAGGGGACUACAUGAAAGACCGCUGGCGGCGUGUGAUCGACACCGAGGAUGGUGAGCUGAGUACAAUACUUGAACUGCAGAAGCGGUUUUUGGCUGACCACGAUCCAUAUCAGAAGAAAGACUAUUCCUCCGAUGUUACGAUAUUCCCGAAGGAGAUUGACAACAACCUUAAGGAUUACAUUAACAACGCCGUGAUGGACCUGAGCAGCAUGAACAACAGCUCCUCGUUCGAACUGUUGGGCUUUACCAACUCGGUAGAACAGUUAACCAAAUUGUUCGAUGAGGCUGUGGGCACUGCCAAUGCAUUUAUCAUGCCCGGCAUGGACAGUGACAUGUUCGGCGAGGAAGACGACGACGACGGCCACGAGGGGAGUGCUGAGGAGACUCGAAACUUUUACAUGGGUCGCGGUAGAAUACCAGCGCAGAGUGACGAUUCCGACCCGGGAGAUGGGGGUGGUGGCCAUAGGCCUUACGAUGAUGAUCUCAAGAAUGCGAUUGAUUUGUUCAUUAACAAGAGUGCCUGGCCGUCGGACGCCAACUCGGCGGAAAAUGCUGACCCGUGGGGCUCCGGUGACGAACCCAGCGGAAUGGACCAGAACCCGGACGGGAUAUCCGAUGCAUGGGCUAACUUCGGCUCGGACAGUUUCGCCGAUUUCGAUUCGCACUUUACGGAUUUCCAAAUGGCAUCGAACACGACGACAGCGGCGGCGCCAACCAAGGCGAACAACGACGCCAAUGAUGCGUCGAAAUCUUUCUUUGAUAAUAAUGAAAACAUCGCUCUCGAUAGCUUUACGGACAAGAACAACGAUGCAUUCGCAACGGCCGAUAUGUUCGAUGCUAGCGCGACGCAAUCCUCACAGCCUUCGCUUAGUUCGACGGUUGAUCCCGUCAGCAGCUCAAAUAUUACAACCAACGACAAUGCCGUGGUAACAGAACCAAAUCAACCCGAAUCGACAACCACCACCAACAAUGAAACUGAUGAUGCUAGGAAUAGUAACGUAGCAGCAGUAGCAAACGAUGUGCCAUUAUCCGUACCCGUAGUUGAGCAAGGUAGUAGUUGUGAAGAGCAACAGCAAUCGACGAGUAUUCCAACGACGACAGAAGAAGCAGCGGCAACCAAUGGAACUGAACUAACAGAUGAUAGUACUACUACUAGCAGUAGGUGUGAUGUGAAAGAGGAGAAAGAACAAGACCAACCAUUGCUGCAGUCGAAUGUGAUUUCUACUACCGUGGAAGAGGCGGCAGCGGUGACAGUGGAAGCUGACACGAAUGGUCCGGUUGAGAGCGAUGAUGGCGCCGAAUUCGAAGAUGCACAAGAUACGGUCCCGGAUGUGGUGGCUGAUGAUGGGACCAGCAACACUAUCGUUACCGAAUCCGUUCCUCAACCCGACAGUAGCUCAACCCAGGUCUGCCUUGAAAUUAGCAACGAAUCCACGGUGGCAGCACCAGCAGAAACGUCCACAGCGGCAACCAAGACUUCUGACCUCGUAGUAGCACCACCAGCAGCAGCAGUAGCAGCAGUAGUAGCUGUGGAAACGAGCUGCCUCAAAAGCAGUAGUGGUAGCGACAGUAGCACAGAGAUCCUUACCUCGUCAAUUGAUCCAUCGAAGGUCCCGGCUCAGCCUCAACCACCCCAACCACCACCACCAACUGUGCCAUUAGAGAAUGGGUCAGUCUAAAGCGGUAAACUAAACUAAACAAAAAUUAGCAUGCAAAUAAAUUGUUGUCUUGAAAAACGUAAAAAAAAAAACACAAACUGUGCAAAAUCAGCAAAAGUUAAAAUGCUUAAAAAGCGAAUGUGAGGUUUGAGAGAGGAUGUGUGAAACAAGUGAACCAAUCGGGUUGGACUGGUUGUGUUUGUACUAUUUAGGAAAAAUGCGCUUACUCUUUAGCAGCAGGAAAAAGCCAAGGAACAUAUUUUUAUCACUCAGUAUAUUUUUAUCGACUUCGAAAGAGACGUAUGUUUGUUACCCUCGCGCGUACAUUGGCAUUCUUAACCUGGCAGAAGACGACUAGAUCUAAGUUUAUUGGUCUCUCAAAACAUAAUCGCUUCAAAUUAUUAUUCACAAAACGGUGGUGCUGAUCAAGUCUUGUGUAGAACAAUAUUCUGUGAAGGCAAAAACAAAAAGGAACUGUAGGGCAAGGCAAGUAGCUUCGGGAGACAACCGUCCACAAAUCUUGAAUGUGUGUUUUGCGCUUGUCGAACUUGGAACUGAAAUGUUAUGCUUCGCGUUAUACUUUGGGGGAAAACAAAAACCUCAUCGGAUUCGAUUUCGAAGCUACUACUGCCCAUUUGACGGGACAGGCGGAAAGGUGUAUGACUAAUGAAAUUAUAAGUUUUCAAGGCAGAGAAGCGUUCCGAAGAUGGUGUUAUCCUCGUCGAACAGAAGAAUAAUAGCAAUUUAGUUACAUACUAUUAUGAACCUUUUUAAUUAUUUCUGUUUUAUACUAUUAUUCAAUUUAGAUAAAAAAAAGAGAGAAAAGCAACAAAAAACAACAACUCAAUGUAUUUUUAUGCAUGAUUAAGCCAAAAAGCGCAGGAAUAGUGCAGAGGAUGAGAGGUGGCCCAGAGUGGAAGUGAAAUUUGUGAAUGUUAUUAAGAAGAAAGCAAUCAGUUUUGUUCGAAUCGGAAUGGGUAAUGUGGAAAGAAAGUUUUGCGAGUAGAGAAUGCGAGUAAACAAAAUGGAGAAAAAAAAAAAAAAUAUACACACAAAGCUUCCGCCAAAACGAAACUAAAACAUCUACAAUGAAAUUUUGUAUUUAGGUAGCACUAUUUUUUUCCCACUAAAAUAAGUUCUGGUGUAGUGUAAUUCGAUGAGCCAGGAUGAAUGUAGGAGCAACGCAAUUUGCAGUCUACGCUAGUGUUUUUCUUUUGUCACUGCACACAUACACACACACACAAAUUCGUGAUCGUUUGUUUGAUUAAUCGUUUUUUGUAGAAAUGUUUGUGUUAAUGUUCUUUAGUACAGUAAGUGAUUGAGAAGAAAAUUAUUAGUUUUAAUAUAUCGUCAGUUCAAACUGCUA